CUCGAACUCCUGACCUCGUGAUCCACCCACCUCAGCCUCCCAAAGUGCUGGGAUUACAGGCAUGAGCCACCACUAUACUUUAUAAUCUUUUACAGUUAAUCUCACAUACCUUUGUUGGGUCUUUCCAAAAUAUUAAACAUAGAUUUUUAAAGAAACAAUUUUCACACUCUUUCAUUGGUUUAUACAAUGUAAAGUUACAAAAGCACAAUAUCAAGUACAACUGGCAAAAACAGAUUUGCAAACACAAGUAAGUCAUAAGAUUGAACUAGUCAAUUGAUAGGACCAGAAAUGGGCAGAUUUACUAGAUAACAGUUUCCUAGCAUGAUAUGGGAAUUAGUCACUUAUGACUUACAAAGGAAAUAGAGUGAGUUAACUGGUUAGAGGUUAUGUGUAGACAGGCUAAGACAUCAGCUACUGUACUUCUCCAUUUUAAUUGACUAUGUGUCUUUCUACCUAGAGUGUUUUGAGGGCAGAGAUGGUGCCUGGCUAUUAUGGGAAACUACUGAAGAACUUCCCAGACAUUUUUAUAAUGCUAUGUAAAUCUUCUCAUGAGAACAAGUAUGAUUUUAAAAAACAAAACAGUCAUUUUUAAGCCAUUUACACUAAGGUUUAUGGAUCUGUCCAGAAAAGGCCAUGUAGCAGAUGCAAAUUUCCUUGCUAAAAGCUUCUGUUCAUUUCCUAGGGCUACCAUAACAAAUUGGGACUAACUGGGUGACUAAAAACAACAAAAACUUGUUCUCUCACAGUUAUAGAGGCCAGAUAAUGAAACUGAGGUGUUGACAGCACUUAGCUCUUCUGUUCACUGACGUCUUCUGUUGUCUGGUGACUUCAGGUGUUCUUUGCCUAGGGGCCUCAGUGACUUGGAGCUCCAUGCCUCCAUCAUCAAAUGGUCUUCUAUGUGGGUCUGAGUCUCAAAUAGACCUCUACCUUUCUCUUAUAAGGAUUCUUGUAUAGAAAUCAAUGAAGAUCAAUCAAAUGAGAACAAACAAAGGCUAUUUAUUCAGGCCUUGUAAGGGAGGGAGCCACGAUCUCCUGCAUUUUAGCAGAGCCAAAGGCAGGCAGAGGAGUGGGCAUGCCCUAAUUAGAGGCUCUCGGCAUGAGGAAGCUGCAGGCAGGCCAACUAGAAGUGGAGCAUUCUGUGGCUUCUUCUUGUUAGUCUCAACUUGGAAAUGGGGACAAAAGUUAGGGAAGAUGCCAGUUAUUAAUCCAGUACUGGUCAUUUGGGCCAAUUGUUAUAGUUUGUCUCCUAGGAUUGUUAUUAGCAAUAAUGAUAUGACUUUCUACAAGUCUAAUUUAUGGACUGGUUACUGUAGAUAAUGGGUUGGUCUCCUGGGUUGCUUGCUGGAGGUUGUGGGUCAGAGUUCUGUUUUUACAUAUGGUCUGGCCAUUGUCCAUUGGCAUAUUCAGUCAUCUACCCUAAAGCCAGGAUGAUCUCAUCUCAAGAUCUUUAACCCAGUUAUAUCUGCAAAACUCCUUUUUCAAAAUAAGGUCACAUUUGCAAGUUCUGGGAGUUAGGACAUGGAUAUAUCUUUGGAUGUGUGCGAGGGCACCAUUUAACCCACUAUAAAGUUCCUCUUGGUUUAGAAAUCAUGUUUACUUAUUUAGAGGGGGAGGAAAAAAAGACCUUGCCUCUUGCCUCUCUGAAUGAGACAAGCAGGUGGGUUAUAACUGGAUUUCACCAAAGGUCUAUAUAACUUCUGUCCCAGAGGUAGAAAUCUUUUUGAAACAGUUGCUUAGACAUCCUUUAAAGCUUGGAUUUGAGUUGCAGACCAACUCCUUUAUGUCUGCACUCCAAAACAAGAGAUGUUUUGGUAGUCCAGUACUGUCUAUACAUUCAGCAAAGCCCCUCCUUUGGUAGAAAUCUAGAAGCAGUGUGGAUAAUGUAUGAAUGUUGCCUAUAUUAUCUUGGAUAGGGAGGUAAGGAACAGUACAAACCCUCUGGUUUCUUUCUUUUUCAGUGCCCAGAAACGCUAAUCUCAUUGCCUGACCAGAAAAGGAAGUAAUCCCUAGUGUCAGCAGAUUCAGCGGUAUGGGUAUAUGAUAGGGUCACCAGUAUACAACAGGAAAAAACAAAAGUGAAAGAUUAUCAAUAUAGAUUAUUGAGUAGGAGUAAAGAAGGUAAAUCAAAAAGGGGAAAAGAGGAGAUUACAGACACAGAAAAUGUCAGACAACAAAGAAAGGAAGAGUCAAGGAUUUCCUAAAAAAGAUAACCAAGACACAAGUUCGUUAGCUGAUGCUGUAGAGAAAGUUGCAAAGCAACAACAAUCACAAGCAUCAGAGAUAGAAAAAAACAAAAAAGUUCUGUUCAGUUUGAAGAAUGAACUUCAUGAGCUUGAAAAACAAAUAGCAGCUAUCUCUGCAGAAACUAAAGGAACAGAAAGACAAAUUUAUCAACAAGAUGCUGCCAUACAGAAUACCAAACUUCACUGUGAUAGCCUGGAAACUCAAAUCAAAUCUUUACAUACAGAAAAUGUAAAGCUUAAAUUUGACAUAGAAACAGCCCAAGAAGAUUUUGAGGAACACAUGAUAAAAUAUAAUGCAUAUUAUGCAAAAAUAAAAGCACAUAAAAAUAGUUUGGGAGAAGUAGAAAGCAAAUGGUCAUUUAUGACCGAACUCCAUGAAAAACGAGAUUUUGUUAAAAAAUUAAAGACGAUGAAAGAAGAACUUAUGCAAGAUCUUCAAAAUCCAGGAGGGAACCGAAUAACACAAGUACAGGAAGACAUUACAAAGUUAAAGGAUAAAAUUUUAACUGUAAAAGAAUCUAUCAUUGAGAAAACUUGUUUUCUUGAGGAAGAAAAAAAGACACAUGAAAAAUUAAGAAAAGAAAUAGAGAGUCUCACUCCAUCACCCUGGCUGGAGUGCAGUGGCGUGAUCUCCGCUCACUGCAAGCUCUGCCUUCUGGAUUCAUGCCAUUCCCCUGCCUCAGCCUCCCGAGUAGCUGGGACUACAGGCACCCACCACCACACCCCGCUAAUUUUUUGUAUUUUUAGUAGAGAUGAGGUUUCACCAUGUUAGCCAGGAUGGUCUCGAUCUCCUGACCUCGUGAUCCGCCCACCUCGGCCUCCCAAAGUGCUGGGAUUACAGGCAUGAGCCACCGUGCCCGGCCUUAAUUUAACUUUUAAGUUCAGAGGUACAUGUGCAAGUUUGUUAUAUAGGUAAAUUUCUGUCAUAGUCUGUUGUACAGAUUAUUUCAAUACCCAGGUAUUAAGCCCAGUACCCAUUAGUUAUUUUUCCUGAUCCUUUCCUUCCUCUCACCCUCC